AUGCAAUCACUGAAGGGUGUAGCUGCUGAGUCGGUUAAGGGAUUUUCAAUAGUGGCUGAGAAUUAUGAAUCUGUUUUGUCAACUCUGAAGGAAAGAUUUGGUCGUUCAAGGUUGAUCUUGGAUGCCCAUAUGAGGGGUUUGAUCCAUUUACCCAGAUUGAGUGCUGAAGAUGCAACAUCUAUGAGAGUGUUUUAUGAUAAAGUAGUCGGGCAUGUUCGCUCGCUUGAGUCAGUGGGAAAGAAGUAUAGCUCUGAAACCUUGGCACCAGUAUUGGUUCCUUUGAUUGUUGAUAAGAUACCAAAAAAACUUGUGGAAAAGGGGGAGCUUGAAAUUGGAGAUAAGAAAGAGGACUGUUUGCCUAUAAAAACACUCUUUAUUUUCUUAGAGCAAAUCACAAGGGCAAAGGAAUCUAGUACACAAGCCCAUAAUGUAGAAUCCAAACCUUCAAAGAAUAUUUCUUUGAAGGAAGGAUUUCACAAAAAUCCAUCAUUCAGAAGGUCUUCAACAUCAGCGUUGUGUUCGCCCACUCAAACUCAAGAAAAAGAGUGUGUUGUUUGUGGUAAGGAUCACAAUGUGUGGUCUUGCAUUAACUUCCUUUCAUUGACAGUGAAAGAGAGAUUCCGGAUAGUUAGUGCUAAAGGUCUGUGUUUCCUGUGUUUGGAAGGUGGUCAUAGGUCGAACAGCUGUAGUCGAAAGACAUUGUGUAAACAUUGUAAAGGUCGUCACCAUCACCUUCUCCACACAGACCAGCUGCCCCCAAAUAGAACACAUCCAGACAAGACUGAAGCCACAGAAGUUCAGUCUGCAAGUCAAGAGGAUGCAUCAAAGAAUGUUUCAAAGAAUGUAACAGCCAAUUCAGUUGGAACUGAUGACAUUGGAAAGGUGAUUCUACAAACAGUCCCAGCUGUUUUGUGUGGUUCUAAUGGGAACUCAAAGGUUGUUCGCUGUUUUCUUGAUUCAGGUUCACAAACCUCCUUUAUAAGGCAAAGUGUUAUAGAAGAGUUAGGUCUCGAUGGACCUAGUGUUAAAAAUUCUGUGUCUGGCUUUGGUGGAAAGCAAGAUAAAGCAUGUCUUCGAAAGAGAAUAUCCUGCACACUAGCACCUGUGGACAGGCCCAGGUGUUCACGAGAGUUUGAAGCACUCACCACUGCAGAGAUAUGUCAUCCAGCUGAUGCGGUCGAGGUUAAUCCAGCAAAUUGGGUGCACUUGAAAGAUGUAAACUUUCCAGAAGAAUUUUCCAGAGAGCAAAAGCCAAUUGAUGUUCUCAUUGGUUUAGAUUUUUACUAUUCAUUUGUCACAAGGGACAUUGUGAAAGCCGAUCUAUCUGAACUGGUUGCUGUUCGUACCACUUUGGGUUGGGUCUUGUGUGGGCCAACAGGUACUGCUAGCAGUGAGUCUACUGUCUCAAUGAACGUCCAAGUUAAUACAAAUGAUCAACUGAAUGAAAC